CUAACCCCUUGUUAUCGUAGUGUAAAACGUGAAGUGAAGUCAGUGACAACAGACUUAGUAACUUCACAAUGUAUACGCUAACAUUUUUUGUAUUGUCAUAUGUUUUGACUGUAGCAAAUACAGCAAAGAUUCUCGCGGUAUUUCCAACUCCAUCCGUAAGCCAUCAAGUUGUGUUUAGACCAUUAAUGCAAGAAUUAUCAAAGCGGGGACAUGAUCUUACAAUCAUAACAACAGAUCCGAUAUACUCUGCCGCCAAUUCUACAAAGAACUUUAAAGAAAUAGAUAUUCGUGAUAUCUCAUACAAAGUAAUGAGGGAAAAUUUUACGUUCAAUGUUAAAUUGGGAAAGAAAUCUGAUUCGUUUGCGCAGAUUGAGAGUUUUGUACUCAUGAAUACUAUGUUGGCAUCUGUUCAAUUAAGGCAUCCACGAAUCCAAGAUUUAAUCAACGGACAAGAAAAAUUUGAUUUGAUAUUCGUUGAAGCCUGGCAAACACACGCAUAUUAUUACUCUUAUGUCUUUAAAGCUCCAGUAAUAUUAAUAAGUUCAUAUGGUAUGUUUGGAAAUGAAGAUACUGCUAUAGGUGCUCUAACACACCCGUUUUUGUUUCCAACACUAGUUCAACAAAGAACAUUUAAUCUUACAUUUUGGGAAAAAGCUGAAGAGAUAUACAAAAAUUUAUUCUUUCGAAGACAGUGGUCAUUAAUGGAAAUAGAGGAUCGUAAUCUGUGGCGACAGAUCUUGGGGAAAAAUGUGCCUGAUUUCAAGGAAAUUUAUAAUAAUAUUGAUAUGAUGUUUAUGAACAUUCAUCCAAUGUGGAUAAGUAAUCAACCUCUGCCACCCAACGUCAUUUCAAUUUGGGGUAUUUAUAAGAACCAAAGAAAAGCCUUACCUACGGAUCUUCAAAAUUAUCUCGACUCAUCCAAAAACGGUGUGAUUUACUUAAGUUUUGGUUCCAACGUUCUCUCAUCAGUUCUACCUGCUGAUAGGAUAGAAAUAUUUAUGCGAGUGUUUGCUAGAUUAAAUUACGAUAUCUUAUGGAAAUGGGAAAAGCCAGAACUACCUGGUAAAUCGGAAAACAUCAAGAUAUCAAAAUGGCUACCGCAAACAGAUUUAUUAAGACAUCCAAAUGUAAAACUGUUCAUCACGCAAGGUGGUUUGCAAUCCACUGACGAGGCUAUAAAUGCUGGAGUACCAACGAUAGGGGUGCCGAUGCUUGGAGACCAGUGGUUUAAUACAGAUAAAUAUGUAUAUUACAAAAUUGGUAUGAAACUUGACAUGGAAACCCUCACUGAAGAAGUUUUAGAAACAGCUAUUUAUACUGUUAUAAAUGAUACCAGUUACAGGGAAAACACAGUAAAACUGCGGACACUCUUGGAGGAUCAGCCACAGAGUGCGUUAGAUCGCGCAGUGUGGUGGACAGAAUAUGUGCUGCGUCAUGGAGGGGCGAAGCACCUUCGAGCUGCAAAUGCUAAUAUGUCCUGGGUGGAGUUCUAUGAAGUAGAAUUUGUACUAAAAGCGGCAUCUCUCUUACUGCUUCCAUUGGUGCUAGUCGUAGCGGUUUUGUACUUCACAUAUAUCACUUUAAUGCCGAAGCAAAAACUUAAAACAAAUUAAAGGGGUAUUAAAAAUUCAGUGAAAUACAAAAACUAAAUUAUAGAUUAAUUUAGGUAUGUUAUUGAAGUCAAGGUUUUUUUUUUACAUUUGUAACAAUGCGUAGAAUUACUAGCGAGCCGCGUAUUAUU